AUGGUUGUUCCGCCUUCCAACAUCCUUUCACGAAAGUUGUCCCCUUCACGUACAAUGGAAUUGAAAGCCUUCCUUGGAUUCCGUGGGGUGGAGUACUACUUCAACAAGCGUUCACGCCAGUGUAAAGGUUUUCAUUACACUGGAUGUGGUAAGAGUGGAAACAAUUUUCUCUCCAAAGAAGAGUGUCAUGAAAAAUGCGAGAAGCGAUAUCCACGUAGCGUCGUAAUUCCUCCUACGCCGGCUGCCGCACGAGGCAAAGGGAAAAAGAAGCCGGUUCCGUCGGGUUAUUCCGGUAAGAAACCAGUCGAACUGGUGACGAUGCUGAGACAUAUUGUGCUUGACGGUGUGAAUCAAACCUAUUACAAGAGCGAUGCUGAAUGGGCAGAUUAUGGACUUUGCCUCGGUUACAGGUUU